CUCCUUCAAUUGCCUGUUGUCUCAGGUUCUGGAACCUUUGUCUAUCUUCUGACCCACAGGCUUGGCUUUGCCCUUGUCUUCUUUGUGGUGAGGAUCAGCCUUCCUCAGGUUCCCCUUUGCCAUAGCUGCAUCUUCUCUGCACGCAGACUGUGAAGAUGGAAGGAGAAGGGGUUCAACCCCUGGAGGAGAGUCUGGAAAAUGGAUCAAGGCCAAGGUUCAAGUGGAAGAAGCUAUCGAUGGUGGUCUCCGGGAUUCAGGGCAUGGGGCUGCUCCUGUGCCUGGUCUACAUCUGCUUGCACCUCCAUCCUUCUCCGGUGAAACAUCCUCCAAUCCAAAGUCUCCAAGCACAAGUUACCAGAUGUGAGAAUGGGAGACUAUUCUUCAGCCUACCCAGAAAUGAGUAUCAAACCAUGAGAGUGAAGAACAACUCAAUCGCCAUCACCUGUGAUGGGCUUUAUCUCAUCUACAUGAAGGGCUCCUUUUUCCAGGAGGUCAAGAUCAACCUUCAUUUCCGGAAGGGUAGAAGUCCCAUCUCUAUGCCCAUGCUGAACAAUGGUCAAAGGGUUGAUUUCCCUAUGGUAGCCUCUUUGGCCUUCAAAGAUAUAAUUUACUUGACUAUAAAUGCUCCUGAUACUCCCUGUGAACACCUUCAGAUAAAUGAUGGGGAAUUGAUUGUUGUCAAUAUAACUCCUGGUAGAUUCUGUGCCCUGAAGAUCUAUAGCACUGUGAACCAGGUGCCACUGUGA